CACUCCCCAAACACCCAUCCAUGGCAAAAUCCUUCCAUCCCAAGACACAAACCUACUCAUCUCCACGACCGCCCAUCCACCUCCCCGCCAACCCCAACCUCUCCCUCACCUCCUUCCUCUUCCAAAGCACCUCCUCUUUUCCUCAAACCGUCGCUCUCAUCGACGCUGACACCGGUGAAACGCUGACCUUCCACCAGCUCAAACUCCACGUCUCCAAGCUCGCACACUCUUUGCUCCAGCUCAGCAUCGACAAACACGACGUCGUCCUUAUUAUUGCCCCCAACUCAAUCUACUUCCCCGUAUGCUUCCUCGCCGUCGCCGCCCUCGGCGCCGUCGUUUCAACCUGUAAUCCUUCUUACACCAUUUCCGAACUCUCCAAGCAAGUCUCGGACUGUAACCCAAAGCUCAUCAUCACCGUUCCUGAACUCUGGCACAAAAUCAAAGAAUUCAAUUUACCUUCCAUAAUGUUAAGUUCCUCAAACUCCAUCAAAAUAACGUCAAAUUCGAGAAUUUGGUUCUACUCUAAAUUGAUAAGAUCGAACCCAGCAUGUGAUUUCUCAACUAAGAAUGUGAGGCAGAGCGAUGCAGCCGCCCUUCUGUACUCAUCCGGCACGACCGGGACGAGCAAGGGGGUGAUUCUAACUCAUAAGAACUUCAUCGCGACGUCGCUUAUGAUGACAGCUGAUCAGGACCAACACGGCGAGCCGAGGAACAUGUUUUUGUGUUUCAUGCCGAUGUUUCACACGUACGGGCUGUCGGUGAUCUCGUAUUCGCAGCUUCGGAGGGGGAACACGGUGGUUUCGAUGGGGAAGUUUGAACUUGAGAAGGUGUUGGGAGCGGUGGAGAAAUACAGGGUGACCCAUCUAUUCAUUGUUCCGCCGGUGAUGCUUUUGCUGGCGAAUCAACACAUUGCGGUGAAGAAGCAUGAUUUGUCGUCGUUGAAGCAAAUUGUGUAUGGUGGGGCACCUCUGGGGAAAGAGGUGACGGAGAAGUGUGCAAAGAACAUCCCUCAUGCUGAGAUUUGUCAGGGAUAUGGCAUGACAGUAACUUGUGGUUUCGUUUCAUUGGAACAAUCUCCCCUCUCUGGAUCAACUGGAACACUUGUUUCAGGAGUUGAAUCCCAGAUAGUUUGCACAGAUACAUUAAAAUCUCUUCCACCUAAUCAAUUGGGAGAAAUUUGGGUUCGAGGACCUAAUAUCAUGCAAGGUUAUCUCAACAAUCCAGAAGCCACAAAGCUAACUAUAGAUGGAAAAGGAUGGGUACACACAGGAGAUCUUGGAUACUUCAAUGAAGAGGGACAAUUAUUUGUUGUAGAUCGAAUUAAAGAGCUCAUCAAGUGUUAUGCUUUCCAGGUGGCACCUGCAGAGCUUGAAGGGCUGCUUCUUUCUCAUAAUGAAAUAUUAGAUGCUGCUGUGUUACCAUUCCCUGACAGUAAAGCUGGUGAGGUCCCAAUUGCUUAUGUUGUUCGCUCGCCAAACAGCUUGCUAACAGAAGAAGAUGUUCUGCAAUUUAUUGCCAAGCAGGUGGCGCCAUACAAAAGAUUACGAGCAGUAACUUUUGUAAAAAGUGUUCCAAAGACAGCUUCAGGAAAGAUUUCAAGAAGAGAGCUCGUAGAGAAACUCCGAUCCAAAAUAUAAGAUACCAAGCUUCUAUUAUUCCUACUAAGCUCAGAAAGGUCAUCCCCCUGUCCCUUUAUUUAUUUAUUUUUAUUUUUUUGUUCUUUUGAGCAAAUACGACAGACCGGAGAAACCAAUUGAAUUCAUUAUAUGUGAGCAUUACUAUAGUAGUAUCUGUCCAGUGAGAGCUAUAUAAGAGGGUCAUGUCCCUUCAAGUGUU